ACUCCUCCUUCUUGUGCAGGAAUACUUUUUUAAAACUUGUUUUUGACGGCUUUUCCUCUAUAAGACUUUGUUUCUUUGUCAAUAGACUCUAAGUCGAGAUGUUUUGGUCUUGGUUUCCUGGCGCCACUUGGACUUUGCUGGCUCUCCUUUUAACCAUCUUAAUAUUUUAUGGAUUGUGGCCGUACAGGGUUUUCAAAAACCUCGGCAUUUCCGGACCAAUGCCCCUGCCUUUUGUAGGAACGGUACCGCAACAAAUGAAGGGAUUGUUUGCCUUUAAUCGAGAGUGUCAGGCCAAGUAUGGAGACGUCUGGGGCCUUUAUGAGGGAAGGUCACCAUUGCUGAUGAUUGCAGAUCCUAAGAUUAUUAAAACUGUGCUGGUGAAGGAGUGUUAUUCUACAUUUACAAACCGCAGGAAUGUAUUUGACGAUGAUGGACCGCUGGGCAAUGGAGUUGCAGCAGUUAAAGAUGAAAGGUGGAAACGAAUUCGCAGCACAAUCUCUCCAUGUUUUACCAGUGGAAGACUGAAACAGGUUUUUCCUUUUGUUGCCCGCUAUGCAGACCGGCUUGUCAAUAAACUUCAGAAAAUGAAUUUAAAUGAACCCAUUGACAUCAAACAGUUCGUGGCACCGUACAGUUUGGAUGUUGUGACCAGCGCCUCUUUCAGCGUGGAAACAGACUGCAUAAAUAAUCCAAAUGACCCUGUUAAUGUUCAAGCCAUAAAAGCAACAAAUUUCAAUUUAUGGCCAAUGAUUAUCAGAAUGAUAUUUCCCUUAGGUGCUCGUCUGCUGAAGCACUUUAAAUUUGAAAUCAUACCCAGAUCCAGUGUCGACUUUUUCUGUGAUGUUAUCAAGAAAAUUAAAGACCAGCAUAAUGCUGGGAAACUUACUCGACCAGACUUCCUGCAGGUAAUGAUUGAAAGCGAGAUUCCAGAGAGCGAGGUAAAGAACAAAAAAGAUGAGCCCAGCAAAGGUUUAACUGAACAGGAGAUCCUUUUUCAGGCCUUUAGCUUUAUCUUAGGUGGCUAUGAGACAACCAGCACCACUCUGUCUCACAUUUUCUACAACCUGGCCAUAAACCCGGAUGCAAUGCACACCCUGCAGGAAGAAAUUGAUGCCAACCUACAAAAAGAUGUUCCAGUUUCAUAUGAUAAACUGAAUGGUCUGGAGUACCUGGACCAAGUUCUUUGUGAGUCACUACGUUUAAUUCCCCCUGCCCCUUUACUUGAUAGGGUGUGCAAAAAGACCAUGCAGAUCAAUGGUCUCACCAUCCCAGAAGGAACAGUGGUUGGGAUUCCUGUGCAUCUUCUACACAGGGACCCACGAUUCUGGGACUCCCCUGAUCUUUUCAGACCGGACAGAUUCAGUAAGGAAAAUGAGGGGGCACUGAACCCGUAUGCGUACAUGCCCUUUGGCCUGGGUCCUCGUAACUGUGUUGGGAUGCGCUACGCAAUCCUGGUCAUGAAGAUGGUUAUUGUGCGUCUCCUGCAAAACUACACCCUGGAAUCAUGUAAAGACACCUUGAUUCCAAUUCAGUUUAACUGGAAGUUUCAACCUCUCAAACCCAUAAAACUCAAGUUUGUCCCAAGAAAACGCUGAUCCAAGAGGGAAACGUCCCCCAAUGUUAUUCAUAUUCCUUUCAUGAUUGAUUUCUAGCAUGUUAAGAUAAUUAUAAAUCAAUAACAGUGAAGUAUUAUGGCCUGCACAUUUACAUACAUUUUACAUCAAACUUUCUGAAUCACGUGUUUUCACAUCAAUGUUUAAUCCUAAUAUAUACAAAACAUGCUUUUGUUAUAUUUUUUGGAAAGAUUAUCAUGCAGCACACAAAUUUAGUUAAUUUUCAAAAUAUUUCAAUUAUUAUAAACAUCAAAUAAACUCUUUCCUCUUUAGAAAUUGUGAGAUAAAAGUGUCACUAAUACUGCUUGUUCAUUUCAUGGCAUCAAUGUAUUGUUGAUCUAUCAUUAAAGAGGUAACACAAAGAAAUGUAA